AUGUCUGAGCCACCACUCACUGGUUCACGUAAACGUCGACACUCAGAGACACCCCAACUGAAUGAAACAUCGCGACCCGUAUUGAAAAAGCAGAGGCUCAGCCCUCCCAGCGAAUCUCAACCACCACCAGCUUUCUGGGACAACUUAUCGAAAAUCUGGUUGACCAAGCGAGCUUUGAGAGAGCUAGACCGAAGGAACGCUCAAGCUGCUCCAAGCCCGCCUCGUUCAUCGCAUCAACGAGCCCGCCGGCCGGUGACUCGAAACUUCCUGGGUGAAUUGAAGAGAAAUGGCCAAACAACUCAAUACAUCGCCGACUAUCUUCGCUACGAGCCGAGGAUAUUGAAGAACAUAAAGCUAUUUGCCAGACACGGAGGCCCACAUCUGUCCGAUCUAAGAAACUUCCGCGAACCUAUCCGUCCUCCCGAUCACGCAAUGAGCUCGAGCCAGUCGAGUUCUAGGAGCCGACAGCAAAGCUCAGUAAAUCCCCCCAGCACCGAUCCCACCACGAAUACGACGAAAACAGAGAGCACUGGGGCUCACGACCGUAAUUUUGAACAGUACCUUGUUGACCAUGAUGUUUAUCCUCAUGGCUACAGGCAUCCGAAUGGCAGUGUGCCUAUAAGGCCAGAUAACCGUGCGCAGUUCAAUCAAAUAUUCGCACGGCGUCGACCUUCACUCUCACCGUCCAUAUUCAAUGAGGAAGAGUUUGAAAAUUUUGUACAGGCAGAUGCUGACGCCCGUGAAGAAAAACAGGUGUCAGAAUUGGUGAUUCCUAUCAUCGAAGGCAAGAUCAGGGAUGCAAAAUGCCGCUCAGGAGGAAUUCCCUUUACCAAUCUCGACCCACUGACGGACGGCACGCUCAAACCCGGCAACCCAGAUAUCUACUAUGGCGCCCGCCCGGAACAGCUUAAUCGGAAGGUCCGCGAUGAGCUUGGCGGCCAAAUUAUUCCUUCAACGCAGCACGAUCUUCCUAUGGCGCCGAACUUCCUCCUGGCGUGUUAUGAUGGUGCAUUGGGAGCGAGGGCCAUACACACUUUACGGUCAUACAAACAAGACGAGCCAGUUUACGACAACAAUGCCUAUACCAUGACAUCGAUCUACCACGGCGGCACCCUCAAGAUGUAUACCAGCCACGUUGUUUCGCCGCGCAGUCCUGGCGGUCGGCCGCAGUACCACAUGACUCAGGUGGACUCCUUUGCUAUAACCGGCAACCGAAACACCUGUGCAGCCGGACUACAAACAUACAGAAAUGGACGAGAUUGGGCCGAGAAGCAGAGAGACGAGGCAAUCAGGCUGGCGAAUGAGAGAGCAAAUUCUAUGGAAGUUGCAGCACCAGCUAACAAUGUGCGCACCAGCCCGGCUUUAAGCUUCGUGACUGCCGUGUCGGAGACGGAAGCAUACAACAAGAGCCAAGAGCCUCAGACGUCGCUGAACGGUGUUUUAGAUACACGGGAGGACUUUGAGCAAUCUGAUAGUUCAAUAGAGGAACUCGUGGAUUACAGACUCCCGGCCAAACGUACUAGCAGGUGUUCAAAGCGUUCAGAGAUUCAGCAAAAGCGACGUAAUACAGACGAUUCUAGCGCCACAAGAUACAGCGAAGGAUGCACUGUAACUACUCUACUAACUAAUACGACUCCCCCGCCACAAUAG